AUGUUUCAGCUGGAGCAGUUGUACAUAGAAGUCCUCUACACGGUUGCCAACACUGUGGGCGCAAGUACCGGACAAUACGCCCACUACAAAGAGGAUCUUUAUAAGUACGCGCAGGAAGCGUUCGGAGAUUCAGCGACCCUUACUGCAUGCUAGGGAUUCAACCGGGCAACACGGGCGCACCGUUGAGCCCGCAGACGAAUUUAACGGCUCACUCGCCGCACACGCCGCCAGCUUCGCCGAAGCAAGCGACUCGCGCCCUUUCCGACGGCGGUGAAACUGAGAAUUCUCACCACGAGAAAUUACGGAAGCACCAUAGGUUGUCGUUCAAACGCAAGGAGCACACGAGCAGACGCGAGCAUCGAGAAUCACUGAGCGGUGCGGUGCCAGCCAAGUUUAUACGAGCGACCACUGUGAAGCAGCACACGCUUAGUCCACGAUGGAACGAGAAGUUUCGUUUGGAUCACGACGACGAGUCCUCCGUGUUCGAUGCAGUGAGCAAGCUGAACGAGGUACGCGGUGUCAAGGGCCUUGGAAGAUUCUUCAAGCAGAUCGCGCAGAGCGCGAGAUCCGGGGGCCAAGAUGAUUUUCUAGGCUGCGUGAAUAUUCCUCUUCAGGAUAUUCCAAGCACCGGGCUGGAUCGAUGGUACAAACUAGAGGCCAGAACGCAACGAAGUACUAUUCAAGGUAGAAUUAGAUUAAAGUUGUGGCUAUCAACGAGAGAGGAUCGCGGUACGUCCGAAGAAGACAACUGGGGUGAGCUCAGGCAACAGGAGCGACUGUACACGGUCUUUCUCAAUCACGAGAUGAACAAACAAGGGGAAGACUUCACAGGGGAAUUGCCACAAACGGCACUAACGAUUCUUCAUCAACACGCCGUCCAAGGUGAUGUCACGGAACUGCAACAAGCGUUAGUUAGAUGGGUAGCGUCAUCCAGGCAAUCAGCCUGCGAUCCAAGGAUUCUCCAUCGUCUCCUUCAGGAAUUGGACAAUGUGUGGCACACAGACACCCUCUCCCGGGACGAGGAACAAUGUCUGGCGGACUCUUUCAACGAAUUCCUCGAAGUGACGUUGAAGAAAGUCCGACAGCACCGAGUACUGUUCCCGCCAUUGCAUCGACCAUCGAUCUCCAAGUUGGAUUAUCUUCUUAGAUGUUUGGGACAGCUGUCGAACAUGAAGGCGUUCCGUGCUUGUUGCCCGUUCAACAAAGAAAUCCGCGGAGAGAUAAUAACCUCACUAAGAAAGGGAACCCUCGAAUGAUGCAAAACGAACUCGGAGCGAGGGUUACCACAGCUUGCCUUCAGCUUCACGGUCAGAACGCGAACGAAGAGUACGUGCUACCACCUGGGGCGGAAAUUGGAACGCCAAUGUUCGAGUUGUAUCUGGCAUUGCAGGAUUUCGUAACCAUGAAGGAGAACCUGCCGCAGUCCGAUCAUAAAACUUUAGCCAUUUGCAAGUAUUAUGAAUGGUUCAGACCAGCUGUCGACAAAUGGUUGGAUCUGGCUAAAUUGAAGGCGAUUCAACGCGUGAGAAAAUCGGCUGAACUCGAUCGGAUCUGCCCUGGCGAGUACAUCGUGAAGCAUAGUACAUCUGCCAUUGACGUUACAGCUUGCUUGUAUCAGGCGAUCUGUAGUUCAGCAGCCUAUUACGCAGAGAUAACCCAUCAAAAAUUGGCAGACAGUGGUUAUUACGAGGAACAAACGCCAUACAAAACAACAGACGAGAUGUGCGUGGCUAUUAACGGCCUCGAGUACGUUCAAAGAUGGCUUUUGAACUUAGGCGAGGAGUUGCUGGUCGAGAAACUUCUAACAGCUUUGGAGUGUCAAGCUGGCGAUUCCGCGCGAAUGCAAUGGAGAACCGUUUUGACGUCACCUUUGGAACAGACACCGGGACAAAUGUUGCUGUUCAUAAAUCAAAUCGUUUCAAGGAUCGGUACAAAGAUGAGACCACCGUUGAAGAAGGCUAUGUUCCAUCUGGCUUGGUCACCGGACAGUUUACCCACCUCGGAGGCUAUCGCGCCGUUGCUCGAGUAUUUAGACAUGCACUUUGUGGUGCUAAACUCGACGCUGCUUAUGGUGAAUUUCAAUCGAGUCCUCCAAGACAUCUGGGAGGUGGUCCUGGCUGAGCUCAGCAACCAGAUGGACGGAAAUGCCGGUAAUAAACCAACAAUGUUUUACGAAAGACUUUACGAAGCUCUAGAUUUAUUGGUGAAGUUCUUCCAUGAAGACGAAAAAGGUUUACCGUACGAAGUGCUUCACUGUCAGAGCUUCCUGAACGUCGAGGAACGCCUUCAGUAUCACAAGAUGGACACAACGUUCUUGAUCGACCGAUUCUAUCGACAACGACUUCAGGAUCAACUGAACACCGUAUCGUCGGAGUAUGGCGUUCUAACAGUGAGAGCUUAUCUAAAUCAUGACUCACUGUGCGUGGAGGUGAUAAAUGCCAGAGACGUGAUACCAUUAGAUCCAAAUGGUUACAGCGAUCCUUUCGUCAUAAUCGAAUUGCUGCCACGAAGAGUCUUCGAAUAUUGCGCUGAGCAGCACACCAACGUCAAGAAGAAAACUCUGAAUCCUAUGUUCGACGAGUGUUUUGAAUUCUCCGUAAGCGUGGAGCAGUGUCGAAGUCCAGACGCGAUGGUGUUGUUCACCGUAAUGGACCACGACGUGCUCACGGCGAACGAUUUCGCGGGCGAAGCAUUCUUGGGGCUCAGCACGAUACCCGGUGUUACCGACACGAACACCAGCAUAGACAAUUUCCACGGCCUCAAGCACACCGAGUUACCCCUGAUGCAUCAGAAGAAUCGAAAUCAUCCGAUCCUGCAGAUCCUGGAGACGAGAGUCGGUGACAAGGUGGCUCUCGAUUUCGUGAAGAAGCAGAAGCAACGAUUCGCCUCGACGUAAAACGACAGAUUCAUCUGCGAACGAACGAAAGAAGCGAGGAAGGAGCAUCGCGGAUAAUGAGGGAAUUUUCGUCGUCGACGUCGCGUUGAAUUUCAGCGGCCGAUGUGGGGAAGAGAGAGAGAAAGAGAGAGAG